ACCGAUUGUUUCACCGUCACACGUGCGCGCUGGGCCCCUCUUCAUCCGAAGAUAAGCUCUGGAUUUCCGAAAACGUUUGCUCCUUCUACCUUCUUCUCCAUUUUGGUGAACUAUCAGCUCUGAGCUAGCCAUGGCGGCCACCGCGACCUUCAAUCUGAUAGGCUCCUUCAAGGGCCUCUCUCUCUCAUCCAGCUCUUCCUCGUCGUCUUAUUCUGCUUUCUUCAAUGGCGGAUUCGCUGGCCUGGGGCCUCAGAACUCCGUGUCCCUGCCGCGAAAGGGCGCGUUCCAAUUGACGAUUGAAAUGGCUCACAAGAAGGGAGCGGGGAGCACCAAGAACGGCCGAGAUUCUCCCGGCCAGCGCCUCGGCGUCAAAAUCUUCGGCGACCAGCUCGCCAAGCCUGGCGCAAUCAUCAUCCGCCAGCGCGGGACCAAGUUCCAUCAAGGAAACAAUGUGGGAAUGGGGAAGGAUCAUACCAUCUUCGCGCUGAUCGAUGGCCUCGUCAAGUUCGAGAAGUACGGUCCUGACAGGAAGAAGGUGAGUGUGUACCCACGAGAAAUUGUGCCGGAGAACCCCAACAGCUAUCGAGCAAGGAAGCGAGAGCAGUUCAGGCUGCAGCGCGAGAAGAAGAAGGCCAAGAAGGAAGGCAGAACCUUUGCACGGCCGGAGCCACAAUUGGUUCUUGCUUCCAAUGUUGAUGCGGCAGAAGACAACCCUGUCUGCUGAUCAAGUUGUACCGUCCAAUGUCAAUUGUGUGAAUGUAAACAGCUCAGUCAACACUUUUGUUAUUGCUUUUGAUCGUAUGUAAUUUAACUGUUUCGCUGAUUCAAUUGGGAGUACACAGUUUUACUGCAUUCUAUUUCUAUGUGACGUACUUGUUUGGCUGAUUCGCUUUGGAGAAUACACAGUUUUACAGCUCAGCCAACACUUUUGUUAUUGCUUUUGAUCCUAUGUAAUCUAACUGUUUCGCUGAUUCAAUUGGGAGUACACAGAUUUAUUGCAUCCUAUGUUACGUAAUUGUUUGGCUGAUUCGCUUGGGAGAAUACACAGAUUUACUGCGC